ACCAUUGUUCUGUGGCUUCGUUCUUCCUCCUUCCUCUGAUUGGCUACAAAUGUUGUGCCAAAGGAGUUUGUGGCGGGUUAUUUCAGUUAUUCGCGCUUUAUCCUCCUCAUUUGAAGUCAGCGGCGGUUGCUAGCGUAAAAUAUUGUAUUAUUGUACCGCUACAUUUUAAGCUAUAUACAGUAUUAGUGUUAUUCUUAUAUUUCGCACUUUCUCUGGCAAGAAAACAACCCUUGUCAACAUGCAUGUGAUAAAGCGAGAUGGGCGCCAAGAGCGUGUCAUGUUUGACAAGAUCACCUCCCGCAUCCAGAAGCUGUGCUAUGGACUCAACUCUGACUUUGUCGAUCCAACCCAGAUCACCAUGAAGGUCAUCCAAGGUCUGUACAAUGGGGUCACCACAGUGGAGCUGGACACGCUGGCUGCAGAAAUCGCUGCCACACUCACCACCAAACACCCAGACUAUGCCAUCCUGGCUGCCCGCAUCGCAGUCUCCAACCUGCACAAGGAGACCAAGAAGGUUUUCAGCGAUGUGGUGGAGGAUCUAUACAACUAUGUCAACCCGCUAAACAAACGGCACUCUCCCAUGGUCGCCAAGGAAACACUCGACAUUGUCCUAGAAAACAAGGACCGCCUCAACUCUGCCAUUAUCUUUGACCGGGACUUCUCCUAUAACUUCUUUGGAUUCAAGACACUUGAGCGGUCCUAUUUGCUGAAAAUUGAUGGGAAAGUUGCUGAGCGACCACAGCACAUGCUCAUGAGGGUGGCAGUUGGGAUUCAUAAGACUGACAUUGAUGCUGCCAUCGAGACUUACAACCUGCUGUCAGAGAAGUGGUUCACCCACGCUUCCCCCACACUCUUCAAUGCUGGCACCAACCGCCCACAGCUGUCUAGCUGUUUCCUGCUGGCCAUGAAGGACGACAGCAUCGAGGGCAUCUACGACACCCUGAAGCAGUGUGCCCUAAUCUCAAAAUCAGCAGGGGGCAUCGGAGUGGCAGUCAGCUGCAUCAGAGCCACGGGCAGCUACAUCGCUGGGACAAAUGGCAAUUCCAAUGGGCUUGUUCCCAUGCUCCGAGUGUAUAACAACACAGCACGCUACGUGGACCAGGGAGGCAACAAGAGACCUGGUGCGUUUGCCAUGUACCUGGAGCCGUGGCACUUUGAUGUGUUUGACUUCUUGGACCUGAAGAAGAACACGGGGAAGGAAGAGCAAAGGGCCAGAGAUUUGUUCUACGCCAUGUGGAUCCCUGACCUCUUUAUGAAGAGAGUGGAGAACAACCAGGACUGGUCCCUGAUGUGCCCCAGUGACUGCCCUGGACUGGAUGAGUGCUGGGGGGAGGAGUUUGAGAAUCUCUAUACCAGGUAUGAGCAAGAGGGUCGUGUGAAGCGGGUGGUAAAGGCCCAACAGGUGUGGCACGCCAUCAUUGAGUCCCAGACUGAGACGGGAACCCCCUACAUGCUCUACAAGGACGCCUGCAACAGGAAAAGUAACCAUCAGAACCUGGGAACCAUCAAGUCCAGUAACCUCUGUACUGAGAUUGUAGAGUACACCAGCCAUGAUGAGGUGGCAGUGUGUAACCUGGCGUCAAUCGCCCUCAACAUGUACGUCACACCAGAGAAAACAUUUGACUUCAACAAGCUGGCCUAUGUCACCAAGGUCAUUGUUAGGAACCUCAACAAGAUCAUCGAGAUCAACUACUACCCUGUGAUCGAGGCUGAGAACUCCAACAAGCGCCACAGGCCCAUUGGUAUUGGUGUCCAGGGUCUGGCUGAUGCCUUCAUUCUGAUGCGUUUCCCCUUUGAGAGUGCUGAGGCCCAGAAGCUCAACACUCAGAUAUUUGAGACCAUCUACUACGCUUCUCUGGAGUCCAGCUGUGAGCUGGCUGCUGAGCUUGGUGCCUACAAAACCUACCCAGGCUCCCCUGUCAGCAAAGGAAUCCUUCAGUAUGACAUGUGGGACAAAACCCCAACUGACCUGUGGGACUGGAAACUUCUCAAGGAAAAGAUUGCCAAGCAUGGUGUCAGAAACAGUUUGCUGCUGGCCCCUAUGCCCACCGCCUCCACAGCCCAGAUCCUGGGCAACAAUGAGUCCAUCGAGCCCUACACCAGUAACAUUUACACCCGCAGAGUCCUCUCUGGGGAGUUCCAGAUUGUGAACCCCCACCUGUUGAAGGACCUAACAGAGCGAGGGCUGUGGAAUGAGGAGAUGAAAAACCAGCUGAUUGGUCAGAAUGGAUCCAUCCAGGGCAUUGCUGAGAUCCCAGAUGACCUGAAGGAGCUGUAUAAGACUGUGUGGGAGAUCUCCCAGAAGACUAUUCUGAAGAUGGCUGCUGACCGCGGUGCUUUCAUAGACCAGAGCCAGUCCCUCAACAUCCACAUCGCUGAGCCCAACUACGGCAAGCUCACCAGCAUGCACUUCUACGGCUGGAAGCAGGGUCUGAAGACAGGCAUGUACUACCUGAGGACCAAGCCUGCAGCCAACCCCAUCCAGUUCACCUUGAACAAGGAGAAGUUGAAAGAGUCUCUGUCGGUUAAGAACGAGGAGGAGAUCAAGGAGCUCAACAGAGCCGCUAUGGUGUGUUCCCUGGAGAACCGUGACGACUGCCUGAUGUGUGGCUCUUAGACCGGCCCCUAACUUUUAGUUAAUUAAUUAUUGCGGUGGACCCCUGAACUCCUCAAUAUCAUUGAACCCCACUCUGAUUGUCUUUAGGCCAUUUAAUUAUCUGCCCUGAUGCUCACGCUUGGGGUUUAUAGAUCAGGCUAUUAUGGUUGUUUUGUGGGCAUGCUAAUGUAGCCUAAGUAGGGCUGUACAUGGUGCGCUUUUGUCUGCCUUAUCACAGAUUAUUAACUGUAGGCAGUUUUCUAUUUAUUGCUCUUGGGUACACUGUCUGCUUGAUUUGUAUAGAAUUCGGUGUUUAAAAAAAAAAUGAAAGUGUGAACUCCAUUGUUAGUAUGUAAAUCUAAGGAUUUCAUCACUUGAAUUUCAUUCAAGAAGUUAACUUCAAUGGUGUAUUCUUUGUUUUUUACCUUUGGGGUGUGUGCUUUGUAAUUAAGUAUUGACAUUCA